AUAUUAAUAGACUGGUGAUGAUAAUGAUGAACUUUCUAUAGACAUAUAACUUUUUUAUAGCAGAUGCUUUCUUUGUUACAGGUUACACUAACUCUACAAAGAAUAUGAAUACGUGAAGCAGAUAGUCGGCGACGAAAAGAUAAUGACGUCACAAGAGGUAGGGAGGUAACAACCGUAAGCGAAAAUGGACAUAGAUCAUGUGGUACUGGAUAAAGAGGCGAUCAGCCGAUUCGAACAGUAUACAUUGACAAAGCCCUCGCUUAAUGGAGGAAUACCAUUGGACAGAUGCCAAGAUGCCGACUCGAUGGCAUCUAAUAGCAAAAAGAGGGCGCAAACUUCUCGCCAGAAAGUAGUUUGUUGCUUUUGUUUUAAAACAACGAAGUAUAGAAGAAAACAAUUUAUUAUCGGCUCCCUUACGAAUGUUGUGAUAUUUUCCAUAUUACUGGCCUAUACGUUUUUGGGAUCGUUUAUAUUUUUAGCCAUUGAAGGUGGUGUGGAAAUGCCAGCACGGCCCCGAUUAUUGCCAGAUAGACAAAAGACAAGUCCUAGAGAUCAUAAUAACACUAAUAAACGUCAUUCUGAAGAUGAUUAUGAAUAUAAUAAUUUGACGCUCUCCGCAAACUAUUUUUGGGAUGCUAGAAGUCGAGCUGUAGAAAAUAUCUGGGAAAUAACAGUAUCACUAAAUAUAUUGUAUAGAGAAAAUUGGACAAGGCUGGCCGCACAAGAGAUCUUAAAGUUUCAAAACGAGCUAGUUCAGAGGGUGACUACCGAAAUGGCAUCGCAAUAUGGAGUCAGUUACCGGGAGAUGGCUCUCGGUGAAUUUGGUGGAAGCGACGUUAGUAACCAUUACGAGGAGCAUGAAUGGAAUUUAGCUCUUGCAUUUUUCUAUUCACUGACCGUAUUAACUACAAUAGGUUAUGGAAAUAUCGCACCAAGAACUAUCUUAGGUAAAGGUGUAACUAUUAUUUAUGCACUUAUUGGAAUACCUUUGACGUUAGUGUAUCUUUCGAGUGUUGGGUCUUUAUUGUCAAAAAUGGCAAGAAGUGUUUUCAGUAGAGCAUUAUGCUGCUGUCUUUGUUCUAACUGUGGAUAUUGCUGCUAUGAUGAAAGGCGUAUGGCGGAAAAGGAACGAAGAAUGAAGCUAAAGAGACAGCAGGAAGAAAUGCUUAAUAGCCAAAAUACUAGCAAGACCCCUACAGAAGAAUGCUAUGUAUUGAAACCUGAUAGUCAAAAAGACUUGUCCAUAUCAGAGCGACCGACAACCAGUACUGCCAAAGAUGACGUUAUAAGUUGGCCUGAUACUGAUUCUAAAUUAUCAAUGCACGGGUUGAGUAUACUUGCUCCAGUAUUACUUUGUCUUGCAGCUAUAUUUAUUUACAUAAUUAUAGGGGCCGUAGUAUUGUAUAAAUUAGAUGGUUUGGGUAUUAUAGAUGGAUUUUAUUUUUGUUUUAUGGCUUUAAGUACAAUAGGUUUUGGAAAUAUUAUACCAGGAAUGAGCUAUACUACUAUUAGUGGAGUAAGAUAUUACACUACCAAUUCUGUUACUUUAUGGUUUUGUUCAGCUUACACACUUACCGGGCUAGCUUUGACAGCCAUGUGUUUUGGUGUAAUACAUGAUGAAAUUAUAUACAGAAUAAAACACCAACAGAAAGAAUGGUCUCAAAAAGGGAAAUCAGAAAAUUUGUAUAGUAUAAUGGAGGAUAAUUCUGUAGUUGAACGUAAUAGAAUUGAAAUUGACAAUAGGGAGGUAGUAAUUGGCGUAGAUGAGAAUUCGACUACAGUCGAUGAAAGUGUUGACUUUCCUCCACCUCCACCUGAGGAAGAAAUAGUCACAAUUGUAACAAAAAAAGAACCAAAAGGAUUUGGUAACAUGGUAGCGUAUAAUGCUCUGCCAGAGAUGCUCGAACAUGUAAAUACAUAA